AUGUUUUCAAAUCCUGUUUAUAAUCUCCCACCACAAUUCAAUGAAAAUAUUUUAACACAAAAUUUAGCCGGUCUAUCAUUGAAUAAUGUACCUCAAGAUCAUCAACAACGACAAAAUAUUGAUUUUGGAUCAUUUCAAUUUGCCCAGCAACAACAACAACAACAAAUUGAUGUAGGUGGAUAUGUACCACCAACAGUUGAUGAUGCAAAUACAAAAUGGCCAUCGCCAGAUGAUGUUAAUGCAUCAUAUCAACGUGGAUCUACUGUUGUACGACAAUAUAAUAAUUCAAUAAUUGAUGAUUAUUAUAAGAAAUUUCUUCGUCCAAUAACAGAUUAUGUGGCUAUACCAACAAAUGGUCAACCAACAUAUGUUUAUCAAAAUUUAGGUGGACAAGGAACUGCUACUACUGUUGGAGUAACACAACAACCUAUUCCUGGAGUUGAAGUAGGAAACGAAUCAAAUGCAGCAAUACCUGUUAGUUCACAUACGAAAGGAGAUGGAACUGAAGAAAAAAAACAUAAGAAAAAACAUAAAAAACGAUCAUCAAAACAUGCACAUGAUGAUGGUAGUAAACAUGCUCAUAGUGGAAAAACAGUUGAUGAACAAAAAACUGCUACAACAGAUGGUAGUAGUUAUAACGAAUCAGCUGCAAUUCCUGGAAGAAGUGUACUUGAACAACAACAACUACAACAAUUACAACAACAGCAACAGCAACAGCAGCAGCAGCAGCAUCAACAACCACCACCAUUACAACAACAACAACAGCAACAGCAACAAAUAGGAGGAGUUGCUGGUUUAACUAAUACAGGUGCUGCAGGUCCACAAGUUCCAAUGAGAUUUCAAGGCAAUCCAGUUGUUUUCUUUGAUAUUGAAAUUGAUAAUGAACCACGUGGUCGUCUUACUAUGGAAUUGUUUCGUCAUGUAUUACCACGUACAACACAAAAUUUUCUUUCAUUAACAACAAAUGAACAUGGUUUUGGUUAUCGUUUAUCAUAUUUUCAUCGAAUCAUUCCAGGUUUUAUGGCUCAAGGUGGCGAUUUUGAAAAAUCGAAUGGUACAGGUGGUUAUUCAAUUUAUGGUGAAAAAUUUGAAGAUGAAGGUUUUCCAUAUCCACACGAUCGUCCUGGUCUUUUAUCAAUGGCCAAUAGUGGACCAAAUACAAAUGGAAGUCAAUUUUUUAUUACAUUCGAGCAAUGUCCUCAUUUAGAUAACAAACAUGUAGUAUUUGGUCAAAUUUUACAAGGUUUUCAUAUACUUAAAGAUCUUGAUAUGAGUGGAUCAGAAAGUGGUGAAGUAUUACGUGAAGUAAAAAUUGCUGCUACUGGUCAACUUCAAUGA